GAUCCCCAAAGAAACCAUGCGCCGUGCCAUGUUGCGCAGAUGUGCCACCAACGUAGCAUCGCCACUCAUCCCCUCCACGGGGCCCGGGGCCCGUGUUGUGCUGGUCGCCUUUUUUCUCGGCGCUCCGAUGCUGAGCGCUUUCACGUCGUUGCCGCGGCGAGCUGCGCUGACUGCGGUUUCGGUUCUUGGGCAGCCGGUCUGGGCGGAGGAGAAGAGUCCCCAAGAGGUUGCAGCCGAAAAGGCUGCAGCGCAGCUCAGCCUUGGGCAAAGAGGCGACGAGCUAGUUCUGCCUGGGUGGUUUGCAGGGGAAUGGGCUUGCUUUGGCGAGCUGUAUAAAGUUGAGACUGCUUCUGCCACCUCAGCCGCCUUCUCCUCCGCCCUGCCAGGAGCACCAGCGCUAUUGAAGAAGAGUCAAGAAGCGGUGGGCACAGAGGCCGGCGAAUUCCGUGCGCGGCGGCGCUGGCUGUCGAGCAGUCGAAGUGCACCGGGCGGCGGCAAAGGGGUCCUGGAAGAUGGCAGUGGAGUCCCGGCAGGGGCGCUAGCAGCAGCGUACACCCUGGGAGGCCCCACUCCCCGGCUGAAGCCGCUGAACGACGACUGGUUGGUGGCGGACCGCUGGCGCCUCACCGCCGCGGGCGCCGUGGCGCGCGCCGACGCCGAGGCCGACGCCUCCGAGGCGUUGAAGGCGCUGAGGGUCUCGGAGCUCUUCGAAGUGAGGGAGAAGGACCAACAAGAGUUGGCCGCAGCUGUGCGGGUGGUCACCCUUUGGAAGCAAGCGCCAUUGCCAGAGGAGGGGAAGAAGAAGUUGGACACCUCACGGAAGUUGAUGCAGGCAAUUCAGACAGUGUACGUCCUGCCUGAGCCUGCAGCUGCCGCAACCAAGAAAUUUGCCAGCAUGACUACUCGCUUUGUAUAUAGCCCCAUCCUUAGCUGAACUUUCUUUUUGCAUGGGUUUGUCCAUGGGACUGACCCCCAGUUUUUUUGAGUGGCC